UUAACACGAGCAAUGCAUGUCAAACUUAGGAUACAUUUACCACUAUACUAAGGAACGUUUUAGAUACUUAAAAAAAUCUUCCAUACUUUUACAUGUGACACGUCACUGGAGUUGUAAGUGCCGAUGUAAAGAUGGCGACUGCCUACGAGAGCUUCAAUUUGUAAGUAUCCAACGGGCUAAUGUAGCGUGAAUUGAUUGAUUAGCUCUCUUUUCGGACGUCUGCGUUCUUGAUCAUGUGUGUAAGGGUUAUUAUUUGCUUACAAGGUCUUUGAGAUGGGAAUAGUCGUGAAGAUAUUGCACAUUAUUGUUGUGUUCUUCUAAUGCUGUCAUUCAGUACUUGCCAGCUUGCUACCAGGCUGCGACCAGCUAAUGAUAGCUAGCUAGCUAAUGUUAUAAGAAACUCCGUGCGAGACCCUAUGUAAUAGGCAACUCUGCUAAAGGUCAGGCAAGCUGAUCGGUCUGUUUAUAGUCAGGAUUAUAUUUAAUAGAGUUGUUCGUAAUAAUUGUCUUUGUGUUUGAAGUUUAACGCCUUACAGUAACGUUAGUGUAGUUAUGGUUAGUUAGCUCGCCAGUUAGCCAGGUAAUGUUAACUGGUGAGCUAGCUUACUGUUAUAUCACAUUCAUGUUACAGUUACUGGUAAUGACAGCUAUGUAUGAUAACUAGCUAUAUAGCUUCAGGGUGUUGUUGUAGCUAAUUUUUUAAACCAUAGAUCUGGCACUUGUUCAUAGAAAGGACGAACUCCUCCAGCUAAGGCUAAAUUAAACGAGUCCAUUGAGAUGUACAUGUAACGUUAAGUCAUUGACUGUCUGUGAACCUCUCAGGCUGUAAAGUUUCGAAGGUCCCAUACGGUGGAAAACCGGAAUGUCGAAUAACGUUGAUAUCCUAUUCAAACAUUAAAUUUAGCCCCAGUAGCUGUCGUUCAUAUAGAUUAAAUAAGCUGCAAUAAGUAGCCAUUCAGAAUCAUGCUUCAAUAUGAAAUCAUCUUACGACUUUAUCCCUCAAUGAAAUGAGUCCCAAAAUGGCAUACAACCCCUGAGAGAUUCUAUAUUGAGGCCUGUGAUGAUGGGGCCAAUGACGUCCUUGCCAUUGACAGGGUGUCAACAGAGAUGACACUUACUGUGAGGAAGGAUAUCCCACCUUCAGCAGUGACGCGACCAAUAUGUGGCAUCAUGGGAACGAUCCGCUUGGUGGCAGGCAUGUACCUCAUUGUGAUCACAAAGAAGCGAAAGGUGGGAGAUCUGCUGGGUCACUUGGUGUGGAAGGCUGUGGAAUUCGACGUCAUCUCCUACAAAAAGACAGUCCUUCACCUCACUGAUACUCAGAUGCAGGACAACAAGACCUUCCUGUCCAUGAUCAACAGUGUGCUGAACACAGACGGUUUGUACUUCGCCACAGACUAUGACCUUACCCACUCUCUGCAGCGCUUGGCCAACACCAGCCCUGAGUUUCAGGAGAUGACACUGCUGGAGAGGGCGGACCAGAGGUUUGUGUGGAAUGGACAUCUGCUGAGAGAUUUCAUGGCCCAGCCUGAGCUGCACAAGUUUGCCUACCCUGUGGUACAUGGCUACAUCACAAUGCACUCCUGCUGCAUCAACGGCAAGAUCUUCGGAUGGAACAUCAUCUCCAGGCGGAGCUGUUUCCGAGCUGGAGUGCGGUAUUACGUGCGAGGCAUUGACUCUGAAGGCCAUGCUGCCAACUUUGUGGAAACGGAGCAGAUCAUCCAGUACAGCGGCUCAAAAGCAUCGUUUGUGCAGACCCGAGGAUCCAUCCCCUUCUACUGGUCCCAGAGGCCAAACCUCAAGUAUAAGCCCAAACCCCAAAUCAGCAAAAAUACCAACCAUCUUGACGGCUUCCAAAGGCAUUGUGACUCUCAGGUCAUCACAUAUGGGAAACAAGUUCUUUUAAACUUGAUCAAUCAGAAGGGUUCAGAAAAACCCCUGGAACUUGCCUUUGCCAAGAUGGUGACCAGUUUAGGGAAUGGCAUGGUGAAGUAUAUAGCGUUUGAUUUCCAUAAAGAGUGCAGUCGAAUGAGGUGGCAUCGCCUGCAGAUUUUGGUGGACAUGGUAGCUGAGAUCCAAGAAGAGUUUGGCUACUUCCUGGUGGAUGCGGAUGGCUCUGUGCUUGUUCAGCAGGAUGGAACGUUCCGGAGCAACUGCAUGGACUGUCUGGACCGCACCAACGUGGUGCAGAGCCUCCUGGCCCGACGCUCCCUACAGUCGCAGCUACAGAGAAUGGGUGUCCUUCAUGUGGGGCAGAGGAUCGAGGAGCAGGCAGACUUUGAGAAGAUCUACAAGAACGCAUGGGCAGAUAAUGCCAACGCAUGUGCCAAACAGUAUGCUGGCACGGGGGCGCUGAAGACAGAUUUCACACGGACAGGAAGGCGGACCCAUGUGGGCCUCCUGAUGGAUGGCUGGAACUCCAUGAUCAGAUACUACAAGAACAACUUCUCUGACGGAUUCAGACAGGACUCCAUUGAUCUAUUCUUAGGUAAUUAUUCAGUGGACGAGGUGGACAUGAGCACACCGCUUCAUGAACCCAAAGACUGGAAGUUCCUCACGUUGCCCAUCAUCAUGGUGGUGGCCUUCUCUAUGUGCAUCAUAUGCCUUCUUAUGGCGGGUGACACAUGGACGGAGACGCUGGCGUACGUGCUGUUCUGGGGUACAGCCAGUGUGGUCACGGCCGGCGUCAUCCUUUUUAACGGCCGCGACUUUGUGGAUGCGCCCAAGCUGGUGCAGAAGGAGAAGCUGGACUGAAUGUGCGCGUGUGGAAAGCAGCUGGGUCCCACCGACACCCUCAACUCUUCAUCGUCCUCCUCCUCCACCGGACCCUCCUCCUUCCCGCGCCUUCGGGAGGCCUGGAGUCUGUACUGAGCAGCAGACAGAUGGAAGGGAUGAGGAGAGGAGGAGAGGAGGAAGAAGGAGGUUUGGGGGCACAGGGCCGGGGUGGGACUGGAUUAGACGGUGACGAGUCGUGCUAGAGUCAGAUAAGAGACUGGCCGAGAGGGCGACCUCACCGUGGCUGCUGUCCACACGUAUCAGGAUAUUACAUGGACGCAUGCGCACACACAUUCAUUCACACACACACGCACACACACACACACACACACACACACACACACACACACACACACACACACACACACACACACACACUCUUACUCAUUCAAACACACGGUGCUGUAUAGUGGGGGGAGCAAGUAUGAGGAACGCUUUACAGCAUCCAGCCACUGCAACUUCAUUGAGAUCAUGGGUCUUUUCACUCUCUUCUUUCCUCUCUCUUUCUCACUGUCUCUUCCUCCUCCUCCUCUUGUAUCUCAAAUUUUUUCACUGCCCGUCUCUGCUUCUCUCUCUCUCGGUCUCUCUCUGCCUCCCUCUUUUCUCCCCUUAUCUGGCUGACAUCAUGAGGCCGACCCGGCCCCUGGUCUCCUCAUCGCUAGAGCUUUUUUACCCAUGAGGCCAUGCUGCAGUUGCGCUGACGACACUCUCCUGCACCCCACCUACAAACUUUGAUGCCGGCUUUUCACGUGCUGGCCUCCUCACACACAGGGUUCUGCCAAAUCUGUGGCUGAGAGAGUGAGCGAGGAGUCUCCCUCAACCAGGGGCGAGUCUCCUUAUCUAAAGUCCAUCGUUCACCAAGCCACGGCCAGUGGCUGCAUCUAACAGUGUUUAAAGGUUUGUAGGCUUUCGGCAGUGACUCAGCGUCAUUAAGGAUCAGGAUUUUUAUCUCAGCUGAAUAUGUACAGUAUUGUAUUUUGCCUUGAUUUUGACAUGACUUUUGCCUUGAGUUUGGAGUCUUCCUCGUGUGAAAUGAUGAAUCUGUUGUUUUGUUUUCUCUGUGCUGUAACUGUUAAAUGAACAGCAGACUGUGAAGGGAAAGUUAGCUUUAGGAAGGGGCAAGCUGGAGUAAGUCCAUCAGAACUUGGGGGACCGGUGGUUGAGCGUCCUAUGGGAGAGUGUCUCUGGUCAAUGUACCGCUUGCCUGAGACAGACUGGCUGAAGGAAAAAGACAGAAACGUGUGGGAAUGAGGCCCAUGACUGACCCGUGCCACAUCUGUUGUCUCGCCCUGCCUACGUCGCUCUCAUUUCUUCCUCUUUUAUCCUCAUGUUUUUGCCUCCUCUGUUCUUUUUGUGUUAUCUUUCCACCUCCUCCCUCUCCUCUCCUCUCCUCUCCUCUUGUGUGCUGUUAUUCCUGUGUCUCUGGUGCCCCUGCUUCAGCCUUGUAGUGGUCUAGCUGCCUUACGCUUGGGAUGGGAGAGGGAGUGGGGAGGGGUUGUCCUUGUGUGCACUUGUGAAAUGAAGGUGUACACGGUGUCCAUCACGGCACAGCAGGAAGCGGGACAUUCUACCCUCUCUUCAAAUUCUGCUCAUGGGACAGUGCACCUAAAAUUAGGAGGAAACCAUUAGUGUGGUCAUACACAUGAGGUGACCCACCCUGGCAUCUUCCAUUCCAGUCAGAAUAUGUUUUUUGCUAAAUAUGGUCCCAUAUCUUCAUCGUAUUCAGCGUUCUCCCUUACGACAGCCUCAAAGGUAACAUAUCUAUGGAUAUAUUUACUCUCUUCUAUUUGAAAACGGCAUGUAGGAAUCAGACCAUCAUGUACAUCAGACUAACAGUCCUCAAUCUGUUAUUUGUUCUUCGGGUCUCUUAUUUAUGUCAAAAUGUCCAUGUUUAAUCUCUCAUCAUCACUUGGUCACCAUUCUUGAAUUUUAUCCAUGAUGCCACAAUUGUGUCCUGGACACAGAAUAACAUAAUGUUUUAGCUGGUAAGAGGCUUUUGCUUGUGCCCUUCUGAUGAUGUACUGUACUGUAUGUGUUUUUGGAGCUGUGUAGACUGUAUGCUUGCCAGUAGACACUAUUGUUAUGAACUUUGCCAAAUCAAAGAUGCUGGGACUUGCACCACCAUAGUUUAAGAUGCAGUGUGUAGAGGAAUAAAGGGCGAUCGUUGUGGCAGAUGUUUGUUAGCGGCUUUGACCUAAUCGCCUCUCUGCAUUCUGUUUCUGCCAUACAGGCCUCACUAUGGGGAAACAGCAGGCUUUUAAAUGUAUUCACAUUACACUGCACCGCCCCCCCCCCCCCCCAUGCUUUUAAAUUAUUAUCAGUUUUCAAUUAUCAUGGCAUCAGCUGAUAAGUUGUUUGGGAAAUUAUUUGGGAUGUUUCUUUUGUAAUAAAUAUUUUGAUCCAUGGGAAUAUGUAAUGUCAAUAUUAUAUUCCAAGACAGAGGUCUGUCGAGGAGGUUUGUAAUAAAAGGUGACACUCA